AUGGGCCGCUGGUCACACCUCGACACAGACGAAGAGCGCCUCCCGCACGGCGUCAAGCGCAUCGGGUACGACGCCGACGACCAGGAGUACACAUUUUUCGAUACCUCGGACGGCAGCAUCUGGGAUGAAUCGAUAUACAUCCCGACUGAGGAAGUUGAAAAAAGCGGCCCGCGGCCGUCGAGCACUCCGAAUUUAAAGGCUUUGCUUAACUCCUUCGUGGCUGUUGGUAGGCUCGCUCGAAUCAUUGUAGCGCGGAGAGGACCGGGUGCGGAUCGCAGGCUAAGCCGUGAAGAACGGAGGCGAGAGCGCCGCGCCCGUGAGCAAACUAAGGAGGAACGGCUUCGGGAUGGGGAAGGGUUCGGCGAGAGGGAAUUCGAAGGGAAAGAGUUUAUUUAGAAAUAAGCUAUUCAAUGGAUCUGCUACUUUAGGGACUCAGCAUUCCUCUUAUGCUGUUCGAGCUGGCUUGGAAAACUUAACGACAUUUUAUUCAGAUAAAUUCGGGGUAAAGGGGCGUGGGCAUAUGAUUCAAAUGAGACAUGAACGCUUUGAAUUGGUUAUAACUGAAGCUAUCACCUUACCUAAUAAUCACCUAUAAUCUGAAGGCAUACAUAUUCACGAAGUAAGGGAUAAGACAGAUAAUCUACCUAUCAUUCCUCUAUAUAACUCUAUUUUUAGACCUAACUUAGAUAUUGACAUUAUUCGUUAAACGUUAC